UCUCUAAUUUCACUCUCUAAUUCUCUGUAUAGCCAGAAAAUGAAGCUAAACCACUCUUCCAUCACUCUCCCCUUCAUCUAUUUGAUCUUUCUUUCUUCCCUGGUCUCAUCUCAGGCCUGCCAGAGAACCUGCGGCAAUCUGCCUAUUAAGUACCCAUUUGGAACUGGCGCUGGCUGCGGUGAUCCACGCUUUCAGCAAUAUGUAACUUGUGACCAGCAAAAACUCACCUUGACAACGCACACUGGCAACUACCCCAUAACCAACAUAGAUUACAGCAACCAAAUCAUAUACAUCUCAGAUCCUUCCAUGUCAACUUGCGCUUGCUGUCGGCCAAGCAAAGGCUUUGGCCUCGACUGGGAUGCUCCCUUUUCUUUCACAGACGAUAAUGUCUUCACUCUCCUUGACUGCUCAACCACUUCAUCACCUAUUUUUAGAUCAAACAGCUAUAAUGUUGAUAACAGCAGUGCUGUUCCCCUAUGUGACAAACAAGGUGAUCCAAUUUGUAGUUACUUGUAUUCUUGCAGUGCAAUUAGCAUACUCAAUCUCCCAAUAUCCACAUGUUGUGUUUAUACGCCUGUGGAUCUCGGCCCAUCUUUCGAAUUUAAUUUGCAGAAGUUGCAGUGCUCUUCAUAUUCGGUUUUCUAUAGCUUCAGUGGCCAGGAAUCUAACCCUGAUAACUGGAAGUACGGAAUAUCUCUCAAGUAUAAGUUUAAUGUAUAUAAUGACUAUCCAAACGCGUGCGCAGAUUGUGAGAAAAGCAAUGGGGUCUGUGGUUACACUGGAAGUUACAAUUCAUUUAUUUGCAACUGUCCUACUGGCAUAAGCACCACAUCUACUUGUUUCUUUGUAUCAUCGUUUGGUAAUGGUUGGAGGCUACUCCCACUAAAGACAGGAACUUUGCUGAUCUAUCCUCUGCCAUGGAUUCUGGCCAUGUUCCUGCUAUAGGCAACAAUUAUUGAAGGACAAAAUUCCAACUACCAAAUUGAAUUAAAAUGCUGAAGUUUGACUUUGCUUUGUUGUUUCUAGGACUUUUGCAAUGCGAGAGCACAAAAAGUUAAAACUUCUACGCACUUUGGAUAAGAAAAAAAAUGCUUUAUUAAUUUUGUGGUUUAUCAGCAGAUGGAAGAAUCGGGUAAAAGACAGUACUUUCGUUUCUUUAAUUACCUUUACGUCUAGUCGGUGGAAAUAAACACUUUAUUACCUUGGGGAUGAAGUUAUUACAUGCGUUUAAUUAGGCCAAAAGAUUUUGUAUCGUAGGGAGUACAUAAAGUGAUUCAAGAUAGUGGUCCAUCCAUCAAAGCAAGCUAAAAUUAGGAAAAUCUACGUGCAGUCGUUUUUUUCUCUUUAUAACCAAAAAAUUAUUUUUUUUUUACAAAAUUAUCGAUAAAAUAAUUUACACCUGCGGUAAUUACUUUUGAAUCAUUCAACCACACACUUAAUUUUUCUU